AUGGAGUCGCAAGGCCUGACCGCGUGCUCGGUGUGGGUGCCACGAGGCGCACCAAAGGCACAGCCAACCAAGCUGGAAGUCACGGAGGAUGAUCUUGCUCGCUUGAUGGAAGAGACCAAGGAACAGCUGCGUGAUGCGACGCUGGAGGACGAGGACGCCGAUGAUGUGGUGACAGACGAUGAUGAUGACGAUGAUGAUGAUGAUGAGGGUGACGACAACAAUGAAGGUGAUGACACAAAGGCGAUGAAGGAGGAGGAGGGCGAUGAUGACGACGAUGACAAGGACGCAGAGAUGGAUGCCGCUGAGGACGACGAUGAGGAUGCGGAGGAUGUGACCUUGUCUGGUGCCAACCUCUCCAGCAUCAAAGGUCUCACCUACUACAAGAACCAGAAGGACGAUCCUUACAUCACCCUCGACAAGGAUGAUGACGAGGAAGACUUCACCAUCAGCCCGACAGACAACAUGCUCGUGCUUGGCCGCAUUGACGAUGGCCUCGGCCGCCUCGAAAUGCACAUCUGGAACGAGGAGGAGGAUUCGCUGUUCCCCCACACGGACGUGAUGCUGUCGUCCUUCCCCGUGUGCAUGGAGUGGGUUGGUUACGAUCCAGGCAACGACGACGACAACAGCACGGGCAACAUCCUUGCGCUGGGCACGAUGGAGCCGCAGAUUGAGCUGUGGGACCUUGAUGUGCUCGAGGCGCCCGAGCCCGCUGUCACACUCGGCAAGCCAAAGAAGACAAAGAAGGGGAAGAAGAAGGUGUGUGAAGCCUACCCCGGCCACCGGGACGCUGUGCUAGGUCUGGCGUGGAACCGUGGACAGCGCACGCUGCUUGCCAGCGCAUCGGCAGACACAACCGUACGUCUGUGGGACCUCAACUCCACGCAGUGCAUGCGCACAUACACGCACCACACCACCAAGGUGGAGAAUGUCAAGUGGAACCCGCAAGAGGUUGCUGUUCUCGCCACGGGCGCACACGGCGGUCACGUCUCCGUCUUUGACACACGCACGCCAGAGGCUGUUGCGACGUGGGAGCUUGACGGCGACGUCGAGUGCCUGGAGUGGUGCCCCUGGGACCCGGCCAUGUUCAUCGCUGGCACGUCCAACGGCACGGUGUUCAAGUGCUCUGCGCGCGCACCGGGGAAGCCUGUGUUUACGCUCAAGGCACACGAUGCUGCCGUGUCGUGCGUGGCUCUCAGCCCACAGAUUGAAGGGCUGAUGGCGACAGGCUCGCCAGACGAGCAUGUCAAGGUCUGGGACGUCAAGGACAAGCCCUCCAUGAUCCUCUCAAAGGACUAUGAUCUCGGCCCCGUGUUUACGAUGGGCUUCUGCCCGGACUCCGGAUACCAGCUUGCGUGCGGUGGGCACCACGGCGGCGCGAAGAUCGUCCAUCUUGUCGAGAGCGGGCCAGUGCUGCGUCGAUUCCGGGACCGCAACACGGACUUUACAAAGCGCGCAGAGAAGCUGGCAAAGGAAGUGGCUGAGCAGCGUGCGGCGGAGGUUCCCGAGGCGCCCGAUGCGGACGAAGACGCCGGUGACGAGCGGGCAGCGGAGGAGGCCAUUGCAUACAACCCACGCGUCGCAGGCAGCAGGCGCAAAUGA